AUGCCCGUGCAAAGUCGCGGCGCCUCUUUUCGAGCCAGGAUUCAAGUCGCUGGCUCGCGGCAUCAUGGGCCGUGGCGAGGUUGUUUGGCAGCGGCCGAAGCGGAUCUGCGAGAGCUGGAAGCUGCGCGCAAUGCGCCCGCUGACAAACCUAGAGCUGUCGCACAGUUGCACGGUGCGCUUCCGGAGAUCAAAGUCACACGGGCAGAAGAAUACAUUCAAGAACGAAGAGGAACUUUCCGUGCGCAUUUCAAGAAGAGUGGACAUACUUACAGUGGUCCUAGAAGAACUUUGAAAGCUGAAGCGGUGGAGGAUGCCAAGAAGUUACUGGCCGCUGCUGACGUAUCCAUUCCGGCCUUGCAAGCAGCAGAAAGAAGUUUUAGGCAGCAGCAUGGGUCAGAGGCAGCUUUGGCUAAGGCAGUGCGUGAAGCUAUGUUGCAUUGGUUGCAGCAAGGCUCCACCGCAGAUCUUCGGGGUUGUUCCCGUGCAUUGAAGACGCGGAUGCGGCGUGCUGCCGCGGGGACAGCAAACUUGGGUGGCAAAGAUGAUUGCCGCAUGUUGACCAACAUUCCGGUCAAAGACCACAAGAACUGCCCUGCUGUUGCAACAUCUCUGAGUUGUCUGAUUGGUGUGAUCGUGCCUGGAACCUUACGUAAGGUCGACACGGUUUUCGAAGUCAUUGGCUUGCAGGUGAUGGGCAUCACGUCUGUGCGGAGCGAGACGGAUGAGUGGCUGUUGGUGAAUUGUUCUACGUGCAAACGAGCAGUGCACCCGACCGCCCAGACCGAGCGACGCCUCGCUGUUCGCUUGACGAUAGCAGAUUCGAAUGCCCAGUGCAGCGUGGUGGUUUACCCCGACGCGCUUUUGUCUACCGCCAAGCAGUUGAGCGUGGCUUUGGGUGAACCUCUGCAGGACACGGCAGCGUUCCGGAUCACCAUUCGUGACAUGUUUCGGAGCGCGCAGUGGUUGUGCCGCUUCACCUUUCGUGACAAUGAAUACCAAGAGGUGAUGGAACUUGAUCUCCGCUACAUGGAGCCCUGUUUGGUGGCCGGUGGCACCUUUGUUCCUGACUGUUCUGAAAAACUGCAACGCAAGGUUCCACAUCACCAUCUGCACGCAGGAUGUCCCGUGGUGGCUCUUCGUGGUGUGACAGAGGAAAAGGAUCUCGGGAUGUUUGCUUUUGGCCACAUCGAUGCCAACACGCUACGUGCUUUGGUGGCGUUCAAUGAUGUGAAUCUCGCAGAUGAUGAGGCUUUGCAACAAGACCCCAACACGGCGUCGGCCAUCCGUGUCAAGCGAUCAGUGGAUUGUGUCUUGUCCGAGACCGCGGAGGGGACAGAGGCCGUGCCGCAUCGAGUCAAGCUACGCUGUGCCGGUCCUGCUUCGGCGGUCAACUGGAUGCUCCGAGCCCAGCCUGGUCAAGUCUUUCAAGUCGUGCUUGGUCAGACGGAGACUCUGGGUGAAUAUUCGGUCUUGUGGCAUGUGCCGGUCGCAGCGGAACAGGUGCCGGCUGUGACGAGCUUUUGGAAGCACAUCAGCAUCACUGAAUCUCAGGAGGAAGGUUUCAAGUUUGACAAGGAUUGGAUCACUCCGUUGAAGCGCCUUCGUGGCAUGCGAGACGGCUUACCGCAAGAGGAACGUGACAGCGCCGCUUGGCAGGGCGACGCGUUCAUGGCUUCUUGA